AUGUGCAAAAUGUGCCGCAACGAGUUGUACAAGAGUUUGUCUUUGCGCCGGCAGGCGUUUGCAGGGCACGCCGUUGCUCCAAGGGCUGAGAGGCUGUGUCAAUCAUGCAACAAGGUGAAGAAAGCGGGCGAGUUUCACGCUGAUGUGUGGUGGGAGCUGCUGUUUGUCGAGUAUCAAAGGUGGUGGCGUGUGCAACUGAACAAGGAAAAGUGGAUCCGGGACCAGGUCCUUACGCUUGUGUACGCUCUCUGUGGGUCCACCGUCGAACUCGGUUACGCGCCUGGGGCCCUAGCCCCCAUCUCUCAUGACUGCGGGCAACAGAAGUCGCUCCCCGUCCUGCUCAUGGCAUACAAAAGAUGCCGCAGGGAAGACAAGUGUCAACCGCCCACACGUCCCAGAUUGAAGGAGAGGGCCAGCCCCGGCCGUGAAGUAGAAGGAGCCGACACAGUUUAGGAAUAGUAAGCUUCAGGAAUAGUAAGCUCACCAGCCUGGGACGGGUAGGGUUAGUUUGGGGGUUAGGGUGGGUACAAGUGCGGAGCGGGUAGUUCUUAUAGGUUAGGUUUUUAGUGUUUGGUUUGAGCUUACUAUUCCUACGGCUUACUAUUCCUAAACCGUGCCGUCGUAAGUAGAAGAGCGG